UCUCUCCCUCUCUCUAUAUAUCUUUCCCCCUCCACCGCAUUUCUGCUCACAAUUCAUUCACAUCGCCAAUUGUGACUAUACAUAUAUAUAUAUAGAUACAAAUUCACAGAAGCUACAUUGCGUUAACCUUCCAGUGAUGGCGAAUAAGAGGAAGUCCGAAUCGGCGACGAAGGAUCCGGCCGCAGCCACGGCGGAAGGAAGCCGGCGGUCCAAGAAGCCAGCCUCUGCUGAAUCAACUGGGGCGGUGGACGAGGAGACAAGGAUUCCAACUGUCAUAGACGACGGGAGCGAGGAUGCAGGUGAGGCCCUGUUUUUAGGUGAACCGGUCGCCGGCGAGGAAGCUCGGAAACGGUGGCCGCAUCGAUAUCAGAAAGAUAAUCAGUCAACGGAAAUCGUCCAAGCGAAAUGCCAUUUUCUUCAAGCGAAGGUUGAUGGACUGGUUUAUUGCUUGGAAGAUGAUGCCCAUGUCAAGGCUGAGGAAGGGAAGGAAAGUUAUAUUUGCAAGAUUGUAGAAUUGUUCCAAGCUGUUGAUGGGACACAAAAUUUUUCAGCUCAGUGGUAUUAUAGAGCAGAUGAUACGGUUAUUAAAACAUGUUCUAAUCUUAUAGAUAACAGACAAGUAUUCUUUUCUGAAGUCAAGGAUGAUAAUCCACUUGACUGCCUUGUAAAAAAGCUUCGAAUUGUGCUUUUACCUUUGAAGGUUGAAGAUCAGGUAAAGGAAAAGCUUAGAUCAACACAUGACUAUUACUAUGACAAGAUGUACUUGCUUCCAUAUACUUCUUUUGUAAACUUGUCAUCAGAGAGUACUACAAACAGCAAUGAAUCUGGUUCUACCAUCUCUAGUGAUGCUGAUGGCAAUUCAGUUACACAUGUAUUUUCUGAGCUUGAAGGGCCAAGUGGUGAAAAAAGUCUAUUGGACAUGUACUCUGGAUGUGGUGCAAUGUCGACUGGGCUAUGCCUUGGUGCUAACAGUAAUGGGGUUAAACUUGUUACGAAAUGGGCUGUUGAUCUCAACCCAUAUGCUUGUGAAAGCCUGAAACUAAACCAUCCAGAAACACAGGUAAGAAAUGAAAAAGCAGAUGAUUUUUUCCACCUGCUUGUGGAGUGGGAGAAGCUUUGCACUUCCUACUUGUCCUCAGAAAACAAAGGCACAUCCAGUGAGCAUGUCAAGGAAGAAGUUGAAGAUGAUAGUGAGGAAGAUGAAAAUGGCGACGAAGAUGACUCUGAAGUGUUCGAAGUUGAAGAGAUCUUGGAGGUUUGUUAUGGAGACCCCAAUGAAAAAGAAUCUCCCGAACUACAUUUCAAGAUACGGUGGAAGGGUUAUGGUCCCGAGCAUGAUACAUGGGAGCCCUUGGAUAGUCUAAGUUCUUGCCCACAAAAGCUGAAGGAAUUUGUCUUAAGAGGCUACAAGUCUAGAAUUUUGCCGUUGCCUGGAGCUGUUGAUGUUGUAUGUGGGGGCCCACCUUGUCAAGGCAUAAGUGGUUUUAAUAGGUUUAGGAACAAGGAAGCGCCACUUGAUGAUCCGAAAAAUAAACAACUUGUUGUGUUCAUGGAUAUUGUGUCCCAUCUUAGGCCAAAGUUUGUGUUGAUGGAGAACGUGGUUGACCUUGUGAAGUUUGCAGGCGGUUUUCUUGGUAGAUAUGCAAUGGGCAGCCUUGUUGGGAUGGGUUAUCAAGCAAGAAUGGGAAUGAUGGCAGCCGGUGCAUAUGGUCUGCCUCAGUUUCGCAUGCGUGUUUUUGUGUGGGGUGCCCUUUCCACAGAGAAGUUACCCUCAUACCCGUUGCCAACCCAUAAUGUUGUUGUCAGAGGAGUUACUCCACUUGAAUUUGAGGCCAAUACUGUUGCAUAUGAAGAAGGGUGUAAAUUGGAUCUAAAGAAGGCAUUGGUUCUUGGUGAUGCUAUCUCUGACCUCCCUCAUGUCGAGAAUGAUGAGGGGCGUGAUGAAAUACCUUAUGGCUCUGAGCCUCAAACUGAAUUCCAGCGCUUCAUUAGGCAAAGAAGGGAUGAAAUGCCUGGUUACUUGAAUGUCAAAUCUGAAGUGUUUGAACACCUGUUGUGUGAUCAUCGUCCCCUUCAGCUAAAUCAGGAUGACUACGAACGUGUUUGUCAAAUACCUAAAAAGAAGGGUGCAAACUUCAGGGAUUUGCCAGGUGUUAGAGUUCGUCCAGACAACAAAGUUGAAUGGGAUCCUGAUGUGCCAAGACAAAAAGUUUCUUCCGGGAAACCUUUGGUCCCAGAUUACGCUAUGACUUUUGUUAAUGGAAGCUCCAGCAAGCCGUUUGGACGUUUGUGGUGGGAUGAAACAGUUCCUACUGUCGUCACUCGAGCAGAGCCUCAUAAUCAGGCAAUCUUGCAUCCUAGUCAAGAUAGAGUUCUCUCAAUCCGUGAAAAUGCCCGACUGCAAGGCUUUCCUGAUUACUACAAACUUGUUGGCCCUAUAAAGGAGAGAUACAUACAAGUGGGGAAUGCGGUGGCUGUGCCAGUUGCACGGGCAUUGGGGUUCUCUCUAGCUCGGUCAUUGAGGGGGCUGUCACAUAAUGAACCAGUGUUCACCUUGCCUGAAGAUUAUCCCAUGAUGAGAGAUGUAGCUUCACCUACUAUUGACAUGAUAUGAUUCUUUCUUGAUCAUAUGCAAAGCUGGUAAAGAUGGAGAAAUAUACAAGAUUAUUUCUCUUCUGUUAAUUAUGAAUUCCUGCUUUGUCGAUUUGUAUUUUGUACUCUAUUUCUCGAUUAAUUCCAUUCUAAUGUAAGGAUUAUUAUUUUUAAUUUACUGCACAACAAUUUGAGUUGAUAGUAUUGUAACUGUAAAAAACAUUGGUUAUGAAUCAUGAUUGAGUUUCCAAAUCUCA